AUGGAGCAUUGGAAGAAUUUCACUGCAAGCGUGAGCCCUAUUGGUCAACGGCUCUCUGAGCGCUUUGGCGCCUUGAAUCAGCAGGCGCGUGAGCACUUUGGUCACGCAGAUGAUCUGACGGAAUUGCCGGAAGAAUAUAAGCAACUGGAGCAGCGUGUCGAUGCGCUGAAGAAUGCACACCAAAGCAUGAUGCGGAGUAUCAAGACGUAUGAGAAUGAAAUGUACGAUUACCCGCACGCCCUGCAGGAAUCCGUAUCGCAUGGCGCCCAGAAUCUCGGCCACACACUGUCGAUGUGGGCUUCGCAGGCAACAAAGAAUACCAACCUCCCUCAAGUACAUGCGACGUCAGCACCUGAGUCGCAUCCACGCACGCUGAGUCAUGCGAUUGCACGGAGCGCAACGGCUGCAGCCAUUGAUCUGAGCAAGUGUCCACCCAAAGUACCAGCAUAUACAGGCGGCGAACUUGUCCCGACAACUGAGAGCAAACUAGGCGAGUUGCUGCGUAAGUUUGCUGUGGCUGAAGAUGCGGUGGGACAUGCACGUCUCACACAGGACCACUCGAUUGUGCAUUCAUUUAUUGUGGUAUGGAACGCGUUUGGUGCUCAGAUUCAAUUAGCUGUCAAGGCUCGGCAGCAGGUGCGGGACGCACGUCUGCAUUUGGAUGGCUGGCGCGGACAUCUCAAGUCUGCGGAACAAUCGAACACAAGCAGCAGCAAGCUAGACUCGUAUCGACAUGAGGUCGAGCAGGCAGAAGACAAGCUUGUGAGUGCAACAGAGGAGGCUAUCAGUUUGAUGAAGACGGUGUUGGAUAAUCCUGAGCCCGUUAAGAGCCUUGCUAGUCUUGUGCAAGCGCAGCUUGAGUAUCAUCGCUCGGCUGCAGGAACGCUGGAGCAAUUGAGUCAGGAGAUGACUGCUGUCGUUACCAGUGUCGAGUCCGAGUUCCGCGAGUCGCGCGAGUAG